GAUUCCCAAACGCCAAAAUGGGUCGUCUUCACUCCAACGGAAAGGGUAUAUCCUCGAGCGCUCUCCCAUACUCGCGCACUGCUCCAGCAUGGCUGAAAACCAGCCCCGACCAGGUCGUGGACAUGAUUUGCAAGGCCGCGAGAAAGGGUGCUAGACCCUCAGAGAUCGGUGUUCAAUUGAGGGAUGCCCAUGGUGUUGCGCAAGUCAAGAUCGUGACCGGAAACAAGAUUCUCCGCAUCCUGAAGUCCGAGGGCCUCGCUCCAGAAAUCCCUGAAGAUCUUUACAUGUUGAUCAAGAAGGCCGUUGCCAUCCGCAAGCAUCUUGAGCGUAACCGCAAGGACAAGGACGGCAAAUUUCGCCUCAUUUUGACCGAGUCCCGUAUCCACCGUCUCUCUCGCUACUACAAGACUGUCGGUGCUCUUCCUCCUACCUGGAGAUACGAGAGCGCGACUGCCAGCACCAUGGUCUCAUAGAUGGGUUCAAGGCGAAUGGCGAGGAGGAAAUCAGUGAGCAUCGAGGGCGUAAAACUAUGGACGUGACGGUGUAUUAAAAGCCUCACGGAAGAAGACCGUUGUCAUACCCAUCGAAUUGUGAAUAAGAUACAUAAUUCGCAAAGCACAUCCUGGAUCAUUUGCACCAUGAAACUAUUAUGCAUGUGAAAGUCUUGACUAUUUUGAGCGUCGUGACACUUCGGGUGCCUGACACGAGAUGAUGAACGCCUACGCUAUGCUAUGCAAAUGAUACACUCGCCACCCACAUUUUCUGGCCGCUUCAUGCACUACACACCCUCCAGCU